CAGGCAGCCCACACAACCGACGAAACAUGGCCAAGAUAGAGUGUGGUUGAGUGUUGGUAUGCUCGUCGCUAGCCCAGCUGCGCUGAUUAGCGGAUCGAAAGUCACGUCAUGAAGGCACCACGGCGCAGCGCACGGUUCGGCCAACAGUCGCGGCCAACAGUGGUACGUGGAGUGGGAGUCGCGUUAUGGUGCGUGUGUUAACGACAUUUACUACCACUACGCGCACAACCACACACAUGAACUCGUAGAAGAGGUGCUGCAGAAGGCCAAGCAGCAUCGAACAGCUGAAUGGGAAUCCCCGCUGCUCGGCUACAAACCGAUCCUUCAAGAGGCGAUCGGCGGUGGCAUAGUAAGCAGAUACACGAUGUGAAAAGUGAAGUAGAACAGUGCAGUAGUAGUAGCAGAGAAGCUGCUUGCAGCAGUGAUUGAAAGAGCAUUGUGGUUUAUCAAACAGUUUAUUUAAAAUUACCAAAGGGCCAACUUAAUUCCACUAUAGAGGGAGUUUUCGAUUAAUUCAAUUGUGGUAAACUAGUGCAUGGCGACGCGACACAGUGAAAUCUGAAAAAAUAUAAGAGAGAGAUAAAAAGAUUAAUUCGGUGAAAAAGAAAUGCAUCAUCAUAGUGCACCGAGUGAGAUUUGUGAUUUCGAUUUAAAGUUAUGAGAAGUGUCGUGCGUGAGGCUAAGUAAUCGCAAAUUCCGUGUCUCACAAGCUGGAGUCAUACGGUUUAGGCUUGGGGGUGGAUGGGGAGUGAAAAGGAAAAAGCUAAUCCGAGCCCCACCACUGUUUUGAGCGCGCGCGCGCGCUCGUUGUGUAUGGUGUAUAGGUGUGUCUAGUGUGUGCGUACCGAUGGUGUAACCAUUAAAAGUAUUGCCGCCUUUAAGGCACGGUAUCGUUGAUACCCUUUGGGGCAUCCUCCACAACAAAGCAAGGCAAAAGAGCAAUAGAAGAGCAAAUCGGUGUAAUCCCUAGUGUGUGCUGCUCGAGUGGUGUGAGCGAGGAGUUUUCCAGUAGUGUGCCUCUGGUGUCUGUGUAUGUGCGCGCGUGAUCACUACUGUAGUGCGUGCGUCCUGGUUUGAGAGAAGCCGAAAACAGAAUUCAUCAGCAGAGCACCGUUCUACCGAGACAGCAACAGCAAUAUGAUCAGCAUCAUUCGCGUCAGCAUCAUCGAUGCCGGUGAACAACGACCUGCUGAAGACGGCAGAGCUUAGAGUGUGUAGGCUGGAGUAGCUCCGAGCAAUGAGAAGUAGUAACAACAACAGCAGCAGUAGCAGCAACAACAACAACAACAACAGCAGCAAAAGCAAUUCUUACGCGCCAACCGGAAGUGGCACAGCAGCACCGUCGGCAGCAUCAUUAUUUUCUUCGUCCUUCUACUCCACCGCACCAGCAUUGACAUCAUCUUCAUCAAGCGGGCGGCACUCCUACUCGUUGCAUUCAUCGGCACUGUCCGCGCCCGCGUCGUCGUUUGGGACGACCGGCGGAGUCGGUGAGUCGGACAUGAAAAAAUCGCAAAAACCAAGGCACGAUGAGCAUGAUAGGAUGGAGCGUCGAGAACGGGAUAAACAGGCCCGUGCCCAGCUGCAGGCUGAACGGGAACCAGAGCCUACUGGCCCAUUAUUUACAGCACCGUUCAAAUUGCCGAGUACAUCGGAUACGGAUAUGCACAUCGCCCAACGGCUUGGCAAUUAUGAGGCGGUCAAGAAGUGCUUUAUGGAGGCGUCGACAUCGUAUCAUGUGAUCGGUAUCGCAACUAGCCCGGCCCCGACGACGCCUCGGGCCGGCAGCAGCAGCAACAGUGGAGUUCUGUCGAGUUCAUCGUCGUCGACCGGCAGUCACCAUCGGUCGCUUCCACCAAAAACCAAUAGCAAUAGCAAUACCAUUAGCAAUAGUAACGUCAACUUCGUCAAGCCAGCCGACAAUCGCUCCCUCUACAAUGGUGGCCGAAUGUCAUCUUCUUCGUCGGCAGCGCCGACAGUCGGUGGAUCGACGAGCCGUAGUGGAGCGCCAAACCAUUACUCGUCCUCAUCGUCGUUGUCAUCAUCGGGUACGGUGAUCGGAGGCUCCUUUAACAAGCAUGAGGUGCAUGGAGGUUCAUCGAAAGGACCGCCUCCUUCGUCAAUACCAACAGGGCUGAUGAAUGGCCGUUCCUCAUCAUCCGGUUCGAUGAUAGGACCCGGUGUUAACAGUGGAAUUGGAUGCGGUCCAGGUGGAGGGAUCCCAGGACUUCCCUCUACCGCUGGCGGUGAUAAGUUACCCUCACAAUUACCCAAUGGCCGACUGCCCCAGGUUGCAAACGCAAAAGUGCCUAGAGUACAGGGCAACAAUGUGGACAAAAUCCUGAACGAGAUGAAGUCCAGCCUGAUGACGCCACUGACGGAGAUCGGUGCCACGCCGCGUAAGGAGCUGGAAUCUAAGUUUAGCUUCAACAACCCGAACCCGAAGUCAUUCGUGUAUGCCAUGCCACCCCUACUUGCACCCAUGACACCCCUAUCAGCCGGCGGUGGUAAUACUGGCGUCAGCAGCGGAAACGGAUCUGCUGGUGCUUCAAGACCAAUCGGUUCCUUACCGCUUUCUGUUAUGGAAAUGAAUCCUCCGCUUGUGUCUGGCAUAGAGGACGACAAUCAGAACGGUUCAGAGCGCAACUCUAGUGAAUCCUCUUCAAAUGAGAGCGUAGAUGAAUCGUCCAGCGAAGACUCAAACGUUGGUAAUAAGCUGGCAUCGAAUGGUGGUGGAGCCCCUACUUCACAUGGAGAUGGUAAUUUAAACGGUGCCAGUGGCGGCGGCAGUGGUGGAGGUGGCGGUGCUGCUGGAUGUGUAAACGGUGGUCCAGUUGGGGAUGGUGGAACCCUUGGUAGCCCGAUAAGGCGAAAGGAUUGGUCGCUGUUAAACUUUAUGCAACCCGCCAUCCAACAAGUGCCAAGCGAAAGUGCUCAUCACCACAAUACUCAUCAUAAUGAGGAGAAUUCGGUAUCGUCGCCAAUUCGAACACUAAAGAUGGGUAUUGGCGAUGCUUUGGGUGUAGCACUGUCUCCUCCUUCCCUCGGAGGAAUCGUUGCACCCAUCAAAAAUGAACCACUUGCACCGCUAGACGAUGACCAUCUGUCGAAUGCCAGCAGCAACAGUGAACCUCAUACGAGUGCGACUUCCAGUGGGCCAUUAAUCGGAGGAGCAGUUGCUUCAUCCUCCUCCUAUGUAAAGCAGGAACCCUAUCCCAGCGAAAACAGUGCCUCAUCGCCACCGGCUUCAAUGGGUGUUAAGAGUGAGCGGAAGGACGAUGGUCUCGAUCGGCUAUCGUUAUCGAGUCCGAUCAAGAGUCCUCUCGAACAUCAUCACGGUGGCUACAACAAUCAUCAACAACAACAGCAGCAACAUCUUUUCGGCAGCGAGAACUUGGAGCCGGACGUGGAUGUGAUAAGUGCCCUACAGGAAGCCAAAGAGUUUAGCCUCAUCAAGCCGAUAUCGAGCAUGUCCGGUAGUGACUCGGACGAUGCGCUCGAUGCGCCUCCUUCGGCAGGCGGAAUGGACGUGGAUCAGUCAUCAACGGCACACACUCGACUGUUACCAGCACCUCUGCAGCAUCUCCAGCAGCAUGAUGCCAUCGGUAGUAACGGACUAGAGGCAGGAAUUGCGGCGGCAAAAAAGAAAAAACGAAAGCGGAAACCUGCUGGAGCGAAUGAAAGAGAACAGCGUGAUGCAUCGACGAGUAGCAGCGAGGAUGAACGAUAUAACGCCAUCUCACAUCGAAGUCGUUCGCAAUCGUUCGAGAAGGAUAAAUCGUUGCUGAAAGGGCGAGGGCGACAACGGAAUGCAAGCAAUACUCACGGUGGUGGCGGUACGACAACGAGUGCAGCUUCCAGUGCCAGGUACUCUGAUGCGGACUCUGUGGCCAGUGGUAGUGGACGACGAUCGAGCAAAACACCUUCACACGGAUCAACUCCGACGAAGAAGUUAGGCCUGGGUGUGUUGAGUGCCAGCGGGGCAUACGUAGAUCCUGGAAGCAUUAUGAGCCCACCCCUAAGUAUACCUUCAGUGGAUGGCAUUCCGCCGACGGCGAAAACCUCUACCUCCCGUAAGUCACUUACGCUGAUCUCACGAACCAGUACCUCGUCCUCGGAGGAAGAGUCUUCUGGAGGGUCCUCGGGAUCUUCGGUGGAAUCGGAAUUUAACCACGAUAGUGCGACAGAGCAGAUCGAAACGGAACCUCUCGUGAUACCAGAGGUUAUUUCGAAAAAGGUGAAAUCGAAGAAAAAAUAUGACAAAGAUCCUAGUGUCAUGACAUCGGCUGCUACCGUUCUACCCGCGAAAACCUCUUCCGUUGAGCAGUUGGCGAAAAACGGAUCAACGGGCGUAGGAAGAAGUAGUCGAAGUAGCAGCACCAAUCGUAACCUGUACCAUCUCUCCUCAGACAGCAAUGACGAGCGACCGUCAAUCCUCGCAUCACCUUUUCCAACCAAUGGUGGUCGUUCGGAGGUCGCUGGAGAUAGUCCGACGAUAGCUGGCAAACUGUCGAAGAAAGUGCGCAAACGAUCGUCUGCAUCGGUGGCUUCGGUAGAAGAUGACGAGCAUACUCGCAACCGUCAACAAACGAAUUGUGUUCCCGAUGACGACGACGAUGAUGAUCGAUCCGAUAGUAACAGUGAAAGUGAUAGUGAUGCACCAGCCAAAAAGGAGAAGAAGCAGAGUAAAAACAAAAAAGCGGCUGUGGUUGCCCGGGUUUUCAACAAUAACGCCUCGUCAUCUAGUGGUGGCAAAGGUAAAGGUGGAAAGGGUAAAGGCGGAAAAGGUAAAGGGCAGGUUUACAUCGAUCAUGUAGAUGAUCUGCAUGUUCCUGCAAAGAAUCCGGCUCAAUUGACACCAGCGAAUGCCAACAAUGUGUCUCGUCAAUCACCUAUCACUAGCCAUGUGGAUCAAAAGAGGAAUUUGUCCACGCAGCAGAAUUUGAGCGUGCCUUCACCUUCGACUGCAGGCCUUUCCACUUGCUCUCCACGUGCCGAAGGUGUUCGACCAAGUAGCAGAGGUGUAGGAGGAGGAGGUUUAACGCCGGGGCAGAGGACAGAGCCUAACCGAACGUCACCGUUGUCAUUGUUUUCCCCUAUAAAAGGUGCCUUACAAAAUAUCACGCUUAUGUGUCGUAUCGAUUUGAGCCGCCUUCUAAAAAUACCACCACCGCCGUCGCAUUCGGGAUCCGGCAACACCAGAUCUCUGUCGGGUAAGGCAAAUGAAAGCUACAGCGCUCAACGAAGUGCCUCAGCUCGACAAAAGAGCAAAAGCCCAUACGAUCAGCAGGAAAAGCGAAGGAGAAACUCAGCUGGUCAGCAACAGCAGCAGCAGCAACAUCACCACCAACAACAACAUCAACAUCAGCACCAAGCGCAGGAUCACGAUCGAAACGGUAACGGUUCAGUACACAGUUCCUCAUCUACCCCGAGGAGGCUUGAAGACCGAUCAGGAUCUAUCUACGAUCGGAACCGUCUUGUGUUGGACGGUGAACCGGUGCUUGAAAACGGAGCUAUUGGUGGAGCUGGGCCUUUGAGGCAUCGCAGUAAUUCCAUCAACAGUGAUUAUAGUGGUGCUGCACAGAAGGCACGGGAGUAUCAUCGCGGGAGCGAUGUCAGUGCUUUUAGCAACAAUUCAACAUCAUCUUCUCCUUCGCUACACCAUGGCAAUCAUCGUCAUACGGGUGCUACAGUGAUUGGAGGCUAUCAGGCACACCACAAUCUUGCCGGGGAUCCGAAAGGAUCAGCAAUAAGAACAGGGAAAUCGCCGCUUCUCCCAGGGUACGACGAGAAACUCCUCACAAAAACGGAGAAACUGAGUUACAGUGGGUUGAAGGAGGAUAAGCAUUCACUUAUAUACAGUGGCAGUAAAUACUCUAGUUCAGGCUAUGGUUUAAUCAAACAAGAAGGAGGACAAUCGAUCAAGCAAGAAUUCGCAGGCAGUAAUGAGUUUACAACCGACAGCACACUGCUUGGCGAGGGUAAAUUGGGCUCUGCAACGGGUGCUAAGAUGGUUGGAAGCGUAACAACGAAUGGCACCGCUGAAGGCGCUGCAACCGGUGGACGAAUGCGAAAACGUUCCGUGAGUUCGAGCAGCAACUCUAAUAAUACGUACAAAGAGAAACGCCGGAAAAAGGAUAAGACAACCACUUCACAGACUGACCAACUUGAACAAUUUCCACCGACCAAUCAUGAUCGGUUAGUGGGCGACGACUGUCAAACGGCAGUUAGUGUCGCUAGCGGGACUGUGGAGCGAGGCCAUGGCGCUGGAGCUGGAGCGCAACAUCACACUAAUCAUCAUCAUCCGCAACAGACGGCAGCAGCCGAUCCAUUUAAUUCGGCAGGUACCGGUUCACCGGAAGCUCCAGUGCAUAUCAAGAAGGUGUACGUUUCCUACUUCGAGCCGAACGUUGAAGAGUUGUCGGAGGUGCGUGAUCAGAACCGAUACCUGUCGGAGGCAAAACGGCUCAAACAUGCGGCAGAUCGCGAAGGGGAUCAUUUGGCGCAAGCAAUGCUCUACUUGGAAGCUGUACUGUUCUUUCUGCUCACUGGUGACACAAUGGAACGAGAUCCUAUCACCGAAAAAGCGGCCUUUACGAUGUACAAAGAUACGCUUUGCUUGAUUAAGUUCAUUUCGUCAAAAUUUCGUAGCCAACUGCAACAUCCGACAGUGCAGGGUAAUAUUCACACGAAGGUGGCCAUUCUAAGUUUACGAUGUCAAUCGUUAAUCUAUCUGAAAUUGUACAAAAUGCGACGACUAGAGAUGAAGGAGACCGGCAAGACAAUCGGCGAAUUCAACCAUAAAACUAGCACUGUGCCGGCCGAACUUGCAAACGGAAACACACCAUCUCCUCUGUCUCCGACGUCAGUUGGAUCGCAGAGCUCUGGGUAUAGUUCGGGACAGAAUAAUCAGGCCGGAUCAAUCCCACCGAUUAAUUCGUCACCAGCUCAAUGCAUCCUUAUGCCCAUCAAUGUACACACCGCAUACCAAAAACAAACGACACUCUUCACGAACCUUUCCACCUGUUUUGAUCUUUGGGAACAAGCGGAUAGCUUGGUAAUACGAGGGAACCAUAACGAAUUUUUCAUCGACCUGGACCACGAGAAUGGACCGAUGACUCUGCACAGUUCGCUGUACAAUGUCGUCAAGUAUGUGCAGGCUGGUAUUCAGAAGUUGCGGCGCAUGUAACAUUGGGCCCUACUGGUGGAACCGAUGCAGAAACAGUUAGCCUUCUUCUAGUAUCCACUUUGUGACAAUAAGCAGAAGCAAUGCGGGCGAUCGAACUGUCGAACGGAUCUGCAUAUAUUCCGUCGCAGUGAUUCGGAAAUGCAACAUGAAAGCCAUGGACCAUUUUGCACAACGAUGUAUCCACAUCGUAAAAUCAAUCAAUCUACCAAGUGAACGCAUGGGAACACAUCGAAAAGAAUGGAGACAAAAACCGUGCAUCGUGACCAACCAACUGUUAUCAUCAAAGUGAGAUAUCAAUGCACUAUAGUGAUACACCACCUAACGUUGACUACAAGAUAUCGCGGGCUGACGUAUCAUAAAGCCUAUACCAACUAUCAAAAGUAUGUCGUGAAAGUUGUUUGUGUGGGUUUUGCUACGCUCACAAAAACUCAAUGUAAUAAUUUCAGUAACUUAUUUGCAAAGAACCAACGACAAUACUUUCAUUUGGAUAUUACCCUAUGCUUCGCUACGAUUACAUUUUUUUUUUCCAAAAGUACAGUUGUUGAUCGGUUCAAGCUAUUGUGCUUCAAUCCAUCUAGAAGUAUUUCUUAACGUACACUAACUAAUCGGUGCAAUGUUUAUUGGUUCCUAUUAAAGUAGACGGUUCGCUGUGCAUUUCUUACUCAACAAAUGCAUAUAAGGAUGAACGAACCGUUGCCCUAGAAGAAACCAUUUCUU